UUUCAGCUAUGUAACGUGUUUCGUCAGAACAUGGAGAUAGAUCAGUGUCUGCUGGAGUCUCUCCCGUUUGGCCAGCGCCAGCGGCUGGUCAGGAGAAUGCGCUGCGACCAAAUAAGGGCGUACUACGAGCGGGAGAAGACCCUGCAGAAACCGGGAUGCGGAGUCAAGGUCAAAGCCCCGCCCACCAGCCACAGGAAGCGGCACCGCAUUCGCUUCAGCCUCGGUGACGUCAUACAGGACACCAUCAUAAGCCACGACGACAAAGAAGUGCUGCGUCUGCUGAAGGAGGGAGCUGACCCCAACACGCCUAUCUCCUCUGGAGGUUCUCUUCUACACCUGUGUGCUCGCCAUGACAACGUGUUUGCUGCAGAGGUUUUGAUUGAGCGAGGGCUAAACGUUAACCUGCAGGAUGAGGACCUCUGGACAGCCCUGCACGUAGCAUGUGUGUGUGACCACGCCGACAUGGUGCUGCUGCUAUUGCUGGCUGGGGUGAACGUUCUACUCCAGGAUGUGAACGGGAACAUUCCACUGGACUACACCAUCGAGGGAACCGAGACCAGCUACAUCCUCCGAAAACACCUAGAGGAAAAUGGUGUAGAUGUGUCAUCCAUGCACACCAUGCGUACCCAGAGGCCCAGCACCAUGUUGUCUGAUGUUAGACAACUUGUCUCCAGCGGGGGCAGUCUCAACCUACGCAACGAUGACGGGGUCACUCUGCUCCACAUAGCGUGUGCUAGCGGCUACAGGGAGGUGGUGUCUGUGCUGCUGGAGCAUGGGGCGGACCCUCAGCCCUCCGACAACAGCUAUUGGACACCUCUCCACCUGGCUGCCAAAUAUGGACAGACAAGCAUCGUUAGCCAGCUGCUGAAGCUGAGAGCAGAUCCAACUCUCCUAAACUGCAACCAAGACAAGCCCUCAGGCAUAGCAGCAUCUGACCCAAUCAUGAACAUGCUGCUGAGAGCAGAGGAAUGCUGGGUAGAGAGACUGAAGGACCCCUCUGUCCCACCGGCCCCUACAGACAAACGCUACGAUGGAGGCGAACACGACCACACGAUCCCCGUCAAGAUCCUGACCCCCUUGUCCAUGCCCCUCUCUAAGAGGGACAGUCUGUUGGAGAAGUGUGCCAUGUUCAGGGAGUCGGGAGGGGGGCUGAGCAGAUAUCCUUCACAGGACAACGGUCUAGAUAGACCCACAGUACCCAGCAAACUGGAGCAGGUGAAGCUGAUGCCUCCGGCGCCUAAUGAUGACCUGGCAUCUCUCAGUGAGCUCACAGACAGCAGCCUGCUCUACGAGAUGCAGAAACGCUUUGGCAACGACCAGAUCUAUACCUAUAUCGGACACAUUCUCCUCCUGGUCAAUCCUAAUAAAGAGCUCCCCAUCUACUCUACUCUGGUGAGUCAGUUGUAUCUGAGUUCUUCAGGGCGUCUGUGCUCCUCUCUGCCUCCUCACAUCUUCUCCUCAGCAGAGAGGGCCUACCACAUGAUGCUGCAGGAGCGACGCCCGCAAUGCUUCAUCCUCAGUGGGGAGAGUGGUUCUGGGAAGACGGAGGCCUGUAAACACAUAGUGAGACACCUGGCAGUGAGGUCCAGCCCUAAAGGCUUCUCUCUUGAGCCCAGGAUGAAGCACGUGAACUGUAUCCUGGAGGCGUUUGGUCAUGCCAGGACUCCUAUGAAUGACAACUCCAGUCGCUUCAUCAAACUCCUCAGCCUGCAGUACUGUGACAAGAGAAGGACACUACUCAGAGCGCGGAUAUACACGUACAUGUUGGAGAAGUCCCGGGUGGUCCACCUGCCUAGUCAGCAACACAACUUCAACAUCUUCUACCUGAUGGCUGAAGGCUUGUCGCCUGAGGAGAAGUGUUCCCUGUACCUCAACAACGUUGUAGCUCACAGGUACCUGACUGCAGGUGUUCCAGCAGGAGAUUCCCCUCCUGUGGCCACUGCCUCAACUCAGAGUAGAGACCGUCUCACUGCAAUCAAACAGGCCCUCAGAGCACUGGGCUUCAAUAAACUGGAAGUGGACAGUGUGUUUAUGCUGCUGUCAGCAGUGCUGCAUGUUGGGGACCUGUGCUUCACAGCCCUGACAGACCCCGGGAUAGCCUACCCCUCUGACCUGCAGCUGCUGGAGCGAGUGUCUGGAAUGCUACAGGUGUGUUCUGAUGACCUGAGUUCUGCCCUCACCUCUGAUGUGCAGUACUUCAAAGGUGAUGUCAUCACACGGCGCCACACGGUGGAGAUGUCAGAGAACUACAGAGACCAGCUGGCUAAGGCCGUGUACGGACGUCUCUUCAGCUACCUAGUCAACAACAGCAACUACUACCUACAGGGACAGGACCAUAGCACGGGAGAUCCUGCGCUUGAGAUUGGAAUCCUGGACAUCUUUGGAUUUGAGGAAUUCAAGAGGAAUGGAUUUGAGCAGCUGUGUGUGAACAUGACCAAUGAGCGUGUGAGGCAGCACAUCUCCGAGGUGCUGUUCCAGCAGGAGCAGGCCGAGUGUCUACAGGAGGCCAUUGCUAUGGAGACGCUCCGUUCGCCCAGCAACCAACCCGCUGUUCUAGACUUCUUCUUCCUGAAGCCUCAGGGUCUGCUGUCUGUGAUGGAUGAGGAGAGUCAGUCGCUGAGACCUACAGAACAGACCCUCUACAAGAGACUGCAGACAUACCUCGACAACACACCCACACACGGCAUCUCCCUGACAACCAAGGACGGCAACGGCAACCCCCCGCCCAUAGACCAGGGUCCUGCCUUCACUGUGAAACACUACACAGGCCAAAUGGCCUAUGACCUCACAGGAACACUGGUGAAGAACAAGGACUCCCUCCCCCAAAACCUGCUUCUUGUUCUGAAGUCCAGUGAGAGUGUGUUGGUGCAGCAGUUGUUCCAGUCCAAGCUGACCCAGACUGGGUCUCUGGUACCGGCCCAGGCCAGAAUGGCUCUGAGAGGGCCCAAAGCAGCCCUGCUCCUUCACAGGAUGUUAUCCCCCUCCACCUUCUCCCCCGCAUGCCGUGAGCCCCGGCGGUACCUGGACCUCACCAAGCUCUUGAAGAAGAAGGGAGCGACCUCUUUCCUGCAGAGGCUGGAGAGGUGUGGUCCAAUUACGGUCUCUGUGCAGCUAAGGAACUCUCUGUCAGAGGUGGUCAGUAAGCUACAGGCGUGUACCCCUCACUUUGUGGAGUGUGUGCGUCCCAACAGCAGUGACACAGCGGACAGCUUUGACAGUUCCCACGUGUCUACCCAGCUGCAGUAUGUAGGGGUGCUGGAGAUGGUCCGGAUGAUCCGCUAUGGCUACCCUGUACGCCUGCCCUUCAACGGCUUCCUCACCAGGUACAGAGACCUAGUGGACACCACUCUAGCUGUCAAGAAGAAGCUUUCAUCAGAGGAGAAAUGUCGCUUUGUUCUGCAGCAGUGCAAACUCCAAGGAUGGCAGAUGAGCAGCAGUAAGGUGUUUCUGAGGUACUGGCAGGCUGACCAGCUAAACGACCGCUGCCACCAACUACACAGGAAGAUCAUCACCUGCCAGAAAGUGAUCCGUGGCUGGCUGGCCAGGCAGCGUGUGCGACAUAGACUGUCAUCCCAGCCAACAGAGGAUUGCAGUGUCCAGAGGUUCCUCCAGGGGGCAGAAGACCAGGGCCUGUGCACCUACGACCACCUGGUCAUCCAGAACGCCUCCGACAUCGCCCGCGAGAGCGACCACCAGCGCUGCCAUGGCAACGGGUCACACGGCAACAGCCCGCCCCUCGGUGAGAGGCCCGAGCCGGUUGGGGAAGAAGAAGAUACCCCCAAGAGGGUUGUGGAGAAGAGCGGGAGAAACCAAGACGGCUCUGUCGGUGGGGGGAGCCGGACUAUCCGCCACUUCCGCUCCAGCUCAGUGCCCAUCCCUCUGGCUAUUGGGAACUUGGUACAUUCCAGCCAUGGCCCAUCCAUCAAAUCGGCCCUUCAGCAGGUGGACCACACCACUGAGGAUGGGGGAGGAGGGGGAGGCUUGCCAUCACCACGGAAACAGCCUCCCCCUAAACCCAAGCGGGACCCCAACACUCGUCUGAGUGCGUCCUACGAGGCGGUCAGCGCCGGACUGACCCUGGGACCCCCAAGAGAGAGCCCCACCCCAGAGGGCUACAGGUCCCCUGCAGGGAGCCCCCCCAAAACACAGCUGUCCCCUACAGAUGCUCUGUCCAAGCCGCGGCCCCACAGUGAUGACUACACCACCAUGAGAAAGGUGCCUCCUCCCAAGCCCAAGAGGAACCCCAACACCAAGCUCACUGGCUCCUAUGAAGAGAUCAAUGCUGCCGGCUUUAACCUCCUCCAGCUCCGCCCCGCUGAUGUCAAACUGGCCCUGCUGUCCCACACCGGGGGGCUAGGGGGUCUCGGGGGGCUAAUGCAGCGUGCAGCGUCUGUGGACGGCCCACAAGGCGUAACACUGAGCCAUGACCAGGAUGAGGAGGAUGUGUACAUAGAGAUGGUGGGAGCUCAGGCCAGGAGUUACAGUCUAGGAGGGGGUUACCAGGACCCCCCCGACAGCCCCGAGCAGGGAGACGCCGAGGCCGUCUAUGAGGAAAUGAAGUACUUCCUGCCCGAGGAGGUGGGACUUCCUGUGGGAGGGGCGGUUGCUGCGGCGAAGGCCACCGGGAAGCUGGAGGCGUUAGGGUUGAUGUUAGGGGGGUUAGGGUUGGGCUUGUACCCCCCUCAGAAUGGGGAGGGGAAGAGGGCAGGGCUGGGGGGUGUAGCUACCACUAUGGAGGCCCAAACAUCCGCCGCCGGAGGGUGCAGCAAGCCAACUCAUAGUAAAGAAGGAGGAUGUGACAUCCCUGCACCCUUCCCCAACCUGCUCACCCACCGCCCCCCUCUCCUGGUGUUCCCACCCUCCCCCGUCACCUGUUCCCCUGCAUCUGACGAGUCGCCCCUCACCCCUCUGGAGGUGAAGAAGCUGCCUGUGUUUGAGACCAACCUGAACUACGCCGGCCCAGACAGCCCCCUCUCCCCUCAGUACUACCGCCAGCGCGCUGACUCCUCCCCCUCUCUUUCCAUCCUCCUCCCAGACAAGCCCACUCCUCCCCUCACCCCUCCACCUCCCCCUCCUCCCCACAAUGCCCUGCCUCCCCCCUAUCGCCCCCCCUCCCACUUCCCCUUCCCCCCAGAGUCCAGCAUCCUCUCCCUUACCCGGGCUGCUUCCAUCACGGGCGGGGGCGGCUUGGACUCUCCCAAGCCCUCCUACUCUUCCUCCUCUCAUAGGGCUGGGGGGGACAAGCCCCCUCCCUACUCUCCGGCCAAGUCCACCCGCCCAGAGCCGCGCCGUAACCACUCCAGCACAUCCUCACCCCUGCUGUUCAACCCAGCCAACGGGAGACCCCUGACCAGCCCUCAGCCAGCCCUGGAUGAGCUCAACACCCUGUUCUGCUCUGGACGCAGCCUACUCAAGAAGUCCACUACAGGACGCAAGAUGAGGGAGGGAGGGUUCAACUCCAACAUCAAUCUGCCAGGGAGAGAGGAGCACCCAGGCUCCACCCCCUCCUCCCCGUCUCCACAGCUACAGGACAAGAACGCCAACAACCACGCCCCCCACUCCCCAAGCCCCACCCCCGUAGAGAACGGCAACCGGCUGUCCAAUGGGUCAAUGGAAGAUGAGGGUCACACCAAGUCAAACUCCUCCAGCUCAUCAUCUCUGCACAGACAUAUGGACAGACAUCACACCCAGAGGGGUCAUCUCAACUUCUCACCCUUCGGUGCAGGGGCUGCGCUCUAAGGCAGGGAGGCGCUGGCAGCACCCCUCACGUUUAGGAACGGGGUGAUCCAGCAUCUGCGUGGGUGUGGGGGGAACGAGGGUGCUGCCCUGGGGGAGUUGCUCCGCUAGCGCAGGGCGCUGUGUGAGGGGCGGGCCGACUGGAGGAACCAACACGACAUCAACGGAACACCACGAAACCUGGCCACUACACCGGUCUGGGCCAAUAGGAAGUCCUCUCAAUAGUGGGAGGAUCAAUCAAUCAAUCAAAUGUAUAUAUAAAGCCCUUUUUACAUCAGCAGAUGUCAUAAAGUGGUAUACAGAA